AUGUCCUUGGUUUCGACGGACAUGAGCAAAAACAUUUGAGGAAUGGAUAGAAGCUUCCGCGAAAAAUCGGUGGCGAUGUUCAUGAAAUUGUUCGGAUUUUUUUCUAAUUUUUCAAAUUUUUUUUGUGCCUGACGGAUUUUACAAAAAUAGUUGCGAGCUGCUGAAAAAAACGUAGAAUUUUUAGAAUGGAAAAACAUUUUUUUAAUUUUUUUCACGCACCCUCAAGUAGCAACAAGACCUUUUCUGAACAUCAAAACUGAAUUUUAUUGAACCUCCAUUUUUUUUUUUUGAUUCCCUCACAUAACUCAACUUCAGGCCAGUAAGGUUUCGGGAGUUCUGAGCGAAUUGCAAAUUUUCUUGGACCAAGUUUCGGAAAGAACGAAACCGACAAAUGAGGAGCUGGAGAAGAUGCUGGCUCCACUGGGAUCAGCUCUGGAUAGCGUUGAAACUUUCAAGGUUUUCGAGAAAAACAUCUUUCUUGUGGUUUCGUUCCUGUUUAGUGAAGAUUACAGAAUGGAAUUUUCUCAAAAGGAUUUUUUUCAUUUUUUUUUUUGCUUAUAAUAACACUCUCUUGUCAAAAGCCGUUUGAGUAAACUUUCACUCGGACUUUGGUAACGCGAAUCAGACGUCUCGGCGCAUUUCUAGUGAUCAAUUAGGUAGCGUCCGCUCUCUUAGUUGACCCUAAAAUGGCUCAGAAACGUCCGGAGCGCGACACCACGUCCGAGCGGGCUUAAUCUGAAAGAAUUUACAAGAUUACCCAUGCUAGAAAAAUUUAAAACAAAAAUUUUGUCGAGAAAUUCAUCAACGGACUUCAAAUUUUCAUACUCACGACCUCAAGUUUUUUCAAUGAAUCCUUAUUUUAGUCGCAAAAUCGAAGAAGCCAAUUUUAUGACCACCUUUCUGCCGUGUCCGAAGGUGUUGCUGCGGCGAGAUGGGUCACUCAGGUAAUUUCCAUUUUUUGUGAGUAAAUCGAUAUUUCCAUUGAAAAUUCCUGGUCAGUUGACCCAAGAAGCUUGUUUUCAUAGUAUCACAGCAUUUAAAAGAAGAUUUUCAACCUUUUCAUUCACAUAUUUCGAAUAGAAAUUGUUUUUUUUUCUCGUUUUUCUAGAACCUCCCCGGUCCAUUCGUCAAAGAUAUGGCCGAAGCCUCAGCCUAUUAUUUGAACCGAGUUCUCAAAGAAUACAAGGUAGGCUAAAUCAUUAUCCUUUUGAUAAUUGUAUACAAGGUUUUUCAGAACAAGGAGGAGAUCCACGUGAUUUGGGCGCAGCUUUGGAAGCAACUCCUUGGCGAAAUGCAUGAAGAUGUGAUGCAAAAUCACCGUACUGGCAUUUCGUGGAAUACUAAAUCGGUGAAUCGAAAAUAAUUUAUUGAAAAAAAGGUUAAAAAAGGCUUUCAGUAGUGUUUUCAUUCGAUAUUGGUCGAAGAGAUUUUUCUGAGAGAAAAUCAUAAAAAACAAGUCUAGCUUGAAAUUUUUCGUUUGUUUUUUUUUCUCAAGGCGUUCGUAGUGUCAUUUUUAAUGACCGGAGUAAAAAAAUCAAUAGGAAUAUGAAUCUGGGAAAAAUUUUUUUCUUAAGGUAUAUUGACCACAGUUUCUUUCGUUCCCGGAAAUAGUGCAGAAUUUUGAAAAUUUUGAUUAUUUUCGAAUGAAAAUUGAGUUUUCUUAUAAAAAAUGAGAAGUAAAUCGUUUCAGAAGCAGAAAAUAAGUACUCCCAGUUCAACAGCAGUGGUGAAUGCUACAGUUUCCGGUACGUUUGAACGGGAAAACUUCAAAUAGCUCUUUUUUUCAGCAAGCCUUCCAUCCGACAUCCAAUCCUUGGACUCGAAUCUCAACCCGAUGGUCGCCAAAUGGAAAUCGUCUGCGGUGCGAAUCGGAGGCGACGUUGAGAAAAUUGUGCGGCUUCUGAUGAAAUAACAUUUAAAUGAUGAGAUUACAGACGAAUUUGGCCACGGAAAGUAUUUUCGCAAUGCGCGAAUUCUUGGCAUUCGCCGCGGGGCGCGAAAAGCCGCCGAGCGAGAAAAUCGCUGUCGCCGCCGCCCCAGUAGUCGCCGCUCUUUAUGCUGUUCAGGCAUUCAAGGUGUUCGGAAAUUUAAAUUAAAUAAAUGAUAUGGAAAUUUUCUGGGGUCCAGACGGAUCGCGAAAAAGACACUCCUUUUCCUGACCAUCUCUGUGCAAUCAGCGACGGCAUUUCAGCGGUUGGAUGGGUUUUGGCGGUUGGUUUUGAAAUUUGGAUUAAACUUGAUAAAAAAUUUAAUUUUCGCCUAAGCUUCAGUACAUGUUAUUCAAAUUAUAAUCAGAAUUUUUGUAAAGGGUUUUUGAGAAAAAGAAAGUUUGUAUUCAGAAAAAAACUUUUUUUAGAUUCUUUUUACAAUAAGGUCCUUUUUAAGAAAAUUUCUAUUGUUACAGACUAUCUUUGAUACGGGGCAUUUUUUUGAACUGUUAUUCAAAGAAUUAAUACAAUUCAAAUGGUUGACAUAAACCCUGAGAAAUUUUUUUCAUAAUAAAUAUACCUUUUUCCAGAACCCGACACCCUCAACCUAUGUGCGGGAGAUUGCUGACAUUGCAAAAUAUUUCACGAAUCGUGUGUUGAAAAAAUAUAAGGUCUCCUCUUCAAAUGAAGUAUUUAUAACAAAAAUUGCUAGGACAACGAUUCGACGCACGUUGAUUGGGUCCAUGGAUGGAAUUGUAUGGUCGACUGUCUGUUGAAAUAUGUUACCGAGUAUCAUCCGAAGGGUCUCGUCUGGAAUAGUUCGCCGGUAAAAUGUGGACCUAUGUACAGAGCUGUGCGCUGGGCCGGCCGGCCGGGCUGGCCAUGAAUAUUUGCCACGAGCCAUUUUUUCUCGAAACUCUCACAAAGUGUGUGAAUUGUGAAGUGAGUGAUCGAAAUAAUGUUUUUUGGAAAAAUUAUGUCACGUAAACUAAGAAAUGAAAUAAAAACUUCGCGAUUGAGACGGCAGUUUCGGCCAUCACACAACGCACAGCUCUGCCUAAUUAGAAUAGUUUGAGAUGAGUAAAUCGCAGGCCUAGUCCGAAUUUUACAAAAAAAAUAUCCAAAAAGCGAAAAAAAAGCUUGUAAUAUCUUUCUUCCCUAUUGCUGCUCACCGUAAAAGUUUGAAUAAGAUCUGCGAUUUACACCUCAAAAACUUUCCUAGAAAGAAUUAGAUAUUUGUAAAAGUUCAAUCAAUUCAAGUCUGCUCAAACCAGCGUCGUUCCGCCGCCACCACCGCCUCCCCCGCCAGUUUUUGGUGGAUUUAUUUUCGAAAAAUUGAUUGAAAAAUGGAAUUUAGAAGUCGCGAACUUGGACCUGAGCUCUGCCAGAAAUUCCUUGUUCGAAUCCAUCAAUAAAGGAGAGGAGAUCACGACGGGCCUUCGGAAAGUCACUGCAGAGAUGCAAACUCACAAGAAUCCCUCGCUCCGAUCUUCUUCGGACAAGGUUUUCAAAAAUAGCAAAAAAAAACAUUCAAAAUUAUGCAAAGAUCAUCAAAAAACUAGGCUUUUUUACCAUUGAGUUGAUAUUCUUGACAAUGAGAAUCUUUUGCGAAACGAAAUUCAGAAGUGUACGGAAAAUUUCAAACUAAGGUCCACAUUUGACUUUUUUACAUCUCACUUCUCAUGUUCGAAAUUCAAGAAAAAAAAUUCUCUAUAAGAUAAAAAGUUCCUACCAUUUAGGACACCAAGCCACACCAAAAGGUAGCUCCAUUAAAUUUGACUGGCAAGAAACCUUCAAAUCUCCGUCUCAGUGAGGAUAAUCGACGCUGGCUUGUGGUCUCUCAGCCUUUCCUUCCAUUUUAACAUUGGAAUUUCGAGGAAUAUUUCGAAAAUGAUGAGAAUAUCGUCGUCAACGUCGAGGACAUCAAACAGACUGUCUACAUUACCGAAUGCCGCAAUUCUUUCAUCAGGGUUUUCCCUUGAAAAAAACAUCUUUGAAAAAGGUUCAAUAUUUUUAGGUGAAUGGAAAAGCAAAUGGAAUAACAUUGGAUGGGUGCAAAAAGACGAAAAUUGUGUUCGAUGGUCUAAUCAGCCAGUGCGAGGCCAUCAAUUGUCAAUCCAUUGAGAUGGAGGUCUUUUUUUUCUAAUUCAACUGGAGGUUGAAAAAUAGUGUGUGAAAAAUUUAUUUUUAAGAUGAUUGGGAUGAUAAUAAAAUUCCUUACAUGGCAGGUCCUUUUUUUGCAUAGGGUUUGGAAUUUUCUAUAAACUUCCUCAAAAAAUCUUUGAUGGACUUGGAAUGAUCCCCCAUAGUCGCUAUCUGCGCAAACUUUUCGUUUUUGAGUUAUGAUUUUUUCAAAGUUUUUGUCCCUAAACACGUGACGUCGUUUGGAAGAAGUGUUUCCGCCGCACAAGCCAUUGCAUUACAGCUAGGAGCUUGGUGCAGUGACUAGCGCGGUAGCCUGCGAUGCCUAUGAGAAAGGUUCGAUUCUUUUUGGUGCUAUAGAUUUUUGCCAUUAUUUUUUUUUUGACCGAUUAUGAUGAAUAUAUCGAAAUUCCGUGAUUAAAACCGUUCGAAGUCCAUUUUAUUUCAAAAAAUACUUUUUUUACAGAAUUUUUUUGUUAGUCAGAAAAUGUUAACGGAGAACCAGAUAAUUAGCAAAUUUUUGAAAUUGUCGUGAAACGUAUCCUGGCCUUGCCUUGGACUCUCUAAAUAUUUCAAGUUAAAAUUCAUAAGAAAAAAUUAUAGAAAUCUUUAUAAUUUUGAAUAUGAGAUUGAGACGAUUUUUCAAAAAAACUAAGUUCAAAAAUCCCUGAUCUUCUAGGAGCUUUUUUGUUAUGGAAGAAAUUUCUGUCUAUUUAUUAAGUUUGAAGUAAUUUAUCAUUUUUUACUAAAAAUAAACUACCCAGCUACUGGUAACGCAAGCCGGAAGUGCGCCGGGAAAUUUAUCACCCUUUCUAGUGGUCCCUCAAGUCCUAAAAAAAUCACUAGAUGGCUCAGACACGCCCAUAAUCUUUCGGAUAGCAGUGUCCGUGUAUUCUGAAUGAAACAUUUUUCAGACUCUUGGCGAAUUGCCAAUGGUGUCGAUCCAGAAAAACAGACGGUUGCAAGGUUUAUCUUUCGGCUGCGGCUGA